AUGUAUUCAUUUCCGGUUUCCAAAAAAAGAUGAGAGAAGAUAUUUCCGACAUUUCAGAAUACAUUGCAGAAGAAGUCGAUGGUUCUAAACUAUGUUAUGCAUUAUUCAGUGUGUAAGAACAGGAUAGGCUUUUUAUAAAAAGCUUGAAAGAUCUGCGAUCUUCACUUGGAGUUGCAGGUGCUUAACGCGCAUAACGAUCAGCUGGGAUACCGGGUCCAGUCUUGUUUUGGCGAUUCUGGUGUCGUGCGUUUGGAAAUUUAAACGCAUCCAUUUAUUUUAAUCAUGAAAUGAAAACAGUAUUGUGAAGGAAUAUUUAUAGACUGAAAAAUGGGAAAUAAACACUCAUGCUGUGUUUACACGAGUCCGUCCAAAACCAGCAGAAAGCCCCAGGAUGUGUACGGAUAUGAUGAGCCGGGGAUAGACGUUAGUCUAACUCCAAAUAACAGGAGCGCCACCUCUCUCCCAGGGGUCCCGCACAUCAGUGACAGAGAAAACUAUCCAGAGGAUAGCAAGGAGGAUCCAACAUCAGAUCCCAGUUUAAGGCCACUGUUCCCAUCUAGAUCACAGAGUGAAAUAAGCAAGAAUGUUAGGCACAGAUCUAGAUCAAAAAACCACAAAAACCGACGGAAGUCUCACUACGACAACAGGGUUCUACAGAUACAGAACAUCACACCAGUGCUGCGGAAGUACAGUUCUUGUUCAACCAUAUUCAUAGACGAUUCAACUGUCAGUCAACCAAAUCUCAAGAACACAAUAAAAGCUGUGGCCUUUGCUAUCUAUUUUCAUAUACGUAACAGGGAGAGUAAUCGGACGCUGGAGAUUUUUGAUGAGAAACUUCACCCUCUGUCUCGAGACCAAGUCCCGGAAGAUUACGAUCGGCGAGACCCGGAACACAAACAUAUUUACCGAUUUGUACGGACUCUAUUUAGUGCAGCCCAGCUGACCGCGGAAUGUGCAAUAGUUACUCUGGUUUACUUGGAGAGACUGCUCCACUAUGCUGAAAUUGAUAUUAUGCCUGCCAACUGGAAGCGUAUUGUCCUGGGUGCAAUACUGCUGGCGUCCAAGGUCUGGGAUGACCAGGCCGUGUGGAAUGUGGACUACUGUCAGAUCCUGAAGGACAUUGCAGUGGAGGACAUGAAUGAUUUAGAAAGGCAAUACCUAGAAAUGCUACAGUUCAACAUUAAUGUGGGAUCAAGUGUCUAUGCCAAAUACUACUUUGAUCUGCGGGCGUUGGCGGACGCCAAUGAUCUGAGCUUUCCCCUGGAGCCACUCAGCAAGGACCGGGCUCUCAAACUGGAGGCAAUGUCCAAUGAAGAUGGUGUGGAGAGGAUUAACCAGAAACCGACUUUAAUUCGCUCCAACAGUUUAGACGGCAUGACUGUUAACCCCAGACUCAGUGUUGCUAUCAUCUCCUAACCAGUGUAGUAUGGCUUCAGAAGCACAACGAAUAGAUACCAAAUUAUUGUCUCUCACCUCAGUAAUUACACGUGGAAAGCAGUCUUUUUUGGAGGGGUUAGAAGAUUUCUUGAUUUGAAUAUCAAUGUAUCUAUUUUGAAAUUUGUGGAAACUGAAAAUGAAAUUGCAAUAGUUUAAGGGGUGGUUGCAAAGGAAUUUGUUCUGUUGGUUUUAUUGGAUUUUUUCUUCUUCUUUUUUUUCUUGGGGGGAAAAGGGGAGAGGUGAAGAUGCAUGUAGAGGUUAAUUGCAUUUAUAUAAAAGAAGCAUAAUUUAUUUUAAAAGUGUUAGAUUUAAACCUAGUCAAGAGUUUUCCCUGUUACUGCAUGUGCUUGAAAUUAGAGUUUAAGAUGAAAUAAUUUACUGUAUAUAAAAUCAGAGCACAUUUCUAUUGAAUUCAGUGAUGUAAUUUUAAAAAGGUCAUCAAAAAAUACAAAUAUAGAUCCAUGUGAUAUUGUAUCUGUCAAUCAAAGUCCCAUGAAUCAAAUUCUGGAGAUUUUAUGUCCCAUGUUGAGUAUGAUGUAGAAUAUGUAGUCAUGAAAGGUUCGGAUAUACAGAGCUGAUUGUGUUAGAUUCUGUGUAUAUGUACAUGUAUUUAUAUAACUACUGUGUAUGUAAAAUCUAGAUUCUCAUUUGACACAUUUAUUCAUCCCAAUUCUGUACAGAUGCUUCUGUAAAACAUGACAAGAGUUUUGAACAUGGGUCAGAACCAAAGGCAUUGCAUGUACAUGUACAGCAAAACAAUGUAGUUUAGGAAUUUAGAAAACAUAGAUUUAAAAUCAAGAUGGAGACUUUUUGUGCCGUAGUCAUAAAGAAUUAGUUUUAUGUGUGAUAGGAUUUGUUACACGACUUGGUGCUGACAUUUUUUGUGCUAUAAUUUAUUUCAAUUGGUUGGAACUUUUUGAUAUUAAGUCCCUUGGUUAGACUGUGUAUGAUUAGGGGGAUAGGUGGGGCCUGGAGGUAUAAUAGGAUCAAGAGCCCAAUGAAACAUAAUUUAUAGAUACAACUUUUAUAUGUAAAUGCACAUGUUUAAGCUAUAAAUACUGGUACUUGAAAGUAUUGGAGAUAAUUUGUAAGAAGUCAGGAAAUAUACCCAUUGAUUUGAAAUUACCGGUAUAUCUCAUUGGGUAUUUGCAUCAUAAAAUAAGAUGGUAUUGGUGGUGAAAUUACCACCCCU